GGCACCAUGAGCAAGAGAGAGAAGGGCUUCAGCUAGAAAAUUUUUACUAUGACACAAAAAACAUGGUUUUAUUUAUACCAAGUACAUACCUGGAACAUGCUGGUGAAUUUACAGUAAUGAUUGUACAUGCCGUCGCACAAAUAAAAACAGGACUUAUGCAGACAUCUUAUCAACCUGCAUUCAUGAAGUGUAUUUAUAUGGCCAUAGGGGCUAUUGCUGAUACUUUCUUCAAAUCCUGGAAUAAAGAAGGAACUACAGAUCAAACAUCACUGAUAGAUAUGGACAAGGACAGCUGUGGAUGGUUAUUGGACUAUAAUGGCAAAAAAGCUAUGAGUGAUCUUCUUUCUAUUCAUAAAUCAUCUGAUAAUCAAAAGAGGCUAAACAGCUGGGAAUUUUACAAAGGUUUUAACUUGAAGAGAGAACUUGAGAAUGUCAACAAGGAUAUUACACAUGAAGAUAACUCAGAGGAAACAGCUGUGUUGGAAGAAGAGCUAGAUGGCCUUAAUGAAGAAUUUUUGAAGCUGGCAAUGGAGGCUUUGAAGGAAAAAACAGAUGAAAAGCUUGACAGUUGUACUAAGAAGAAAGAUCAGGAUGCGUUGCUUGAAAUAAAGCGACGUUGCACAGCUGAGAAGAUUUGCUCCCUCGAGUCUAAACUGCUUAACAUGGAAACCUGUGCCUGCCCCGCAACAACUGAAAACAAGAUUAAUGAGGGACUUAAGUGAGAGGAAAAAUCUGGUGCAUCUCUGUUCACACAUUUUUUUUUAACAUUUCAGCUCACUCAUUAUUAUUAUUUGUUUCUUUUUUUAAUAAACCUCUUUUGAUGAAGUAUCUGUCAUUUUCACAAGCUUACUAAAUGGCUAUGUGAUGUGACAUAUGUGAUGAUGAGCAAAUAACUAAUUGCUGAAAAAUAUAGUACUUUUGUUUGUCAAAACCAAGCCUUCCAUCAGACACACCCCACAGAUUCUACUGCUUAAAUGAAAACCUGACAUUUCAAAGAAAUAAAACAAAUGAUGCACUUAUGGAAAUGAUGUUAUUUGUGAUUUGAAUUAGAAUAGACGCACAUCAACGUG